UCCUCUAGAGCAAAAAGUGAAAGGAGGUCUCGAAAAUGAAAGCGGUGGUGAUCACAUCUCCCGGCGGCCCGGAGGUCCUGCAACUCCAUCAAGUCGACGAUCCACAGAUCAAAGACGACGAAGUUCUGAUCAAGGUCGCCGCCACCGCCAUCAACCGCGCCGAUACCAUCCAGCGACAGGGGAAGUACCCUCCGCCCAAGGGCGCCAGCGAGUACCUCGGCCUCGAAUGCUCCGGCACCGUCGAAGCCGUCGGUAGCCGCGUUUCCCGAUGGAAAAUCGGCGAUCAGGUGUGUGCUCUCCUCAGCGGCGGUGGUUACGCGGAGAAAGUGGCGGUUCCGGAGGCGCAAGUUCUCCCCGUACCCCAGGGCAUCUCUUUGACCGACGCCGCCGCUUUCCCGGAAGUCGCGUGUACUGUCUGGUCAACGAUUUUCAUGACCAGCCGGCUCUCUCCCGGCGAAACGCUUCUGGUUCACGGCGGCUCGAGCGGUAUUGGGACGUUUGCGAUUCAGAUAGCGCAACAUAUAGGGAUUCGAGUUUUCAUCACUGCAGGGAGUAAGGAGAAGUUAGAGGCAUGCAGAGAUCUCGGAGCUGAUGUUUGCAUCAACUACAAGACCGAGGAUUUCGUGGCUCGAGUGAAGGAGGAAACUGAUGGAAAAGGAGUUGAUGUAAUUCUGGAUUGCCUUGGAGCGUCCUACUUCCAGCGAAACCUCGACAGCUUGAACUUCGAUGGCAGGCUGUUUAUCAUCGGAAUGAUGGGCGGAACCAAGACAGAGAUGAACCUGCCUACUCUUUUUGCAAAGCGCCUCACGGUGCAAGCUGCUGGUUUGAGAUACAGAACUGCAGAGAACAAAGCUGCAAUUGUGAACGAGGUGGAGAAGAAUGUGUGGCCGGCAAUCGCUGCAGGGAAAGUCAAGCCUAUUGUGUACAAGGUCUUUCCUUUCUCUGAGGCAGCCGACGCUCAUAAGCUGAUCGAGAGUAGCCAGCAUAUCGGCAAGAUCCUCCUUGUUCCAUCCUAACUCCCAAGGCAUUUCGUUCUAUAGGAAAUAGGAAUAUGAACUGAGCAGGCUAGUGGGAUUUGUGCAAACUGAUGUUUCGUCAUUGGUAGUCCAGUUGGUGUAGCAGUACUGUGUUUCUCCCUGAGGUAGCCGAGGCUCAUAAACUGAUUGAGAGCAGCCAGCAUACCGGCAAGAUCCUCCUUGUGCCCUCCUAAUGCUUGUUGCAUUCCUUGCUUGUUCGUUUGGGACAUUGGAGACACCAACGAGCUAUGAAGUCGUGCAAUCAAUAAGAAUGGCUUGC